AUGAUUGGACCAAAGAAGUGGCUCGUUCAGCCAACACCAGCCACUCGGCUCGCUCGAAGCUCAGACCACCUUACACGUGACUGCAACUUUUUGCGUUGGGUCAGGUCAACUUUUUCGACGUACGCAGGCCCAUAUCGUCACCACCAAGUCAAGACUCGCGAUACCCCCAAACAAAUCGCAACCAUGCCUCGUGGACUCAACGCCGCGCGCAAGCUGCGCCUUAACCGCAAGGACCAGAAGUGGGCCGAUCUUGGAUACAAGAAGCGUGCUCUGGGUACCGCCUUCAAGUCCUCUCCCUUCGGUGGUUCCUCCCACGCCAAGGGCAUCGUCCUCGAGAAGGUCGGUGUCGAGGCUAAGCAGCCCAACUCCGCUAUCCGAAAGUGCGUUCGUGUUCAGUUGAUCAAGAACGGCAAGAAGGUCACUGCUUUCGUCCCCAACGACGGUUGCUUGAACUUCGUUGACGAGAACGACGAGGUCCUCCUGGCUGGUUUCGGUCGCAAGGGCAAGGCCAAGGGUGAUAUUCCCGGUGUUCGUUUCAAGGUCGUCAAGGUCUCUGGUGUCGGCCUGCUCGCCCUGUGGAAGGAGAAGAAGGAGAAGCCCAGAUCUUAA